AUGGCCGGCGCCUCCACCAUCACGAUUGAACCGGGCUACCGUCCCGGUUUCCUCGCCAGGUGCCUCGAGAUGCACAUAGCUUUCUACCAUCCCUCUGUUCACUGGGGUCUAGCUUUCGAAACAUCACUCGCCAAAGAUUUUGCCGAAAUCAUCGAGAGACUUGAGAAAAACCCCCACAAUCAAGUCUGGGCUGCCGUCGAAAAUCUUCCGCCAGACGAGAACCCUGGCGUCUUUACCCAACGCAUAGUAGGGACUCUCCUGGUCGAUUCCGAAAGCCUGAAGACUACUGGAGCAGCGCAGAUACGUGGAUUCAUCGUGGAUGAGCGAGUUCGUGGCCUAGGGAUCGGAAAGAAACUCUUGGCGGCGGCUAUGGAGUUUAUCGAGAGCAACGGAUUUGACAAGGCUACGCUCUAUACGAGUGAUACCCAGGACACAGCGGUUUAUCUGUACAAGAAGGCUGGGUUCGUGGUCGAGCUGGAUGAAGAGAAGAUUGUGUGGGAGAAGCCACUGAGGGUGUUGCAGCUCACCUGGAAGCGGUCGCAGGUGGCGGACCGGGAGACCAAUGGUGUUUCUGAGGACAAAAAUAGCUAA